AUGGGCAACGGCCAGGGAAAGCCCGUCGACCUCAACGGCGAAGUGAACCUCAAUCACUUCCGCCUGUUGCGAGUCGUCGGCCGAGGCGCCUUUGGAAAGGUUCGAAUCGUCGAACGCAAGGACACCAAUUUGUCCUUUGCCCUCAAAUACAUCCGUAAAGAUGAAGUCGUACGAUCCGAGAGCGUCCGUAACAUCAUCCGUGAGCGCCGAAUGCUCGAAUACGUCAACCACCCUUUCAUCUGCAACUUGAGAUACAGUUUCCAGGACAUUGAAUACAUGUACCUUGUAGUCGAUUUGAUGACGGGCGGCGAUUUGCGAUUCCACAUCUCGAGAAAGACAUUUACCGAAGAGGCAGUCAGAUUCUGGAUUGCUGAACUGGGAUGUGCCCUGCGAUACGUGCACGCCCAAAAUAUCAUCCACCGAGACAUCAAGCCCGACAACGUCCUCCUGGAUGCCGAUGGACAUGUCCAUUUGACUGAUUUUAACGUUGCUUCCGACGUGGUCAAGGGCCGCACUCUUACGAGCAAAUCUGGUACUCUGGCUUACCUCGCCCCCGAGGUGUACGCCGGCAAGGGAUACGAUGUGCGAGCAGAUUGGUGGUCACUGGGAGUCUUGUUCUACGAGUGCAUCUACAACAAGCGACCUUUCGAAGGUGGUUCCGAAGGAUCCCUCAGCCAGCAAAUCCAGGCCGCAAACCCUAAAUACCCGGUAACACAGCCUCCCGUUUCCCUCGCAUGCCUCUACGCAAUCGGCUCCGCCCUCGACCCGAACCGAGAUACUCGAAUGGGAUCGACAUGGGAGAGCUUCAUUAAUAACGAAUUCUUCAAAUGCUUCGAUUUCGAGCUCCUGGAGCUGAAGCGAAUCGAGCCCAUCUUUGUGCCUUCUUCCGACAAGACCAAUUUUGACGCCACGUACGACCUUGAGGAACUGCUUUUGGAAGAGGCGCCUCUCGAGGCCCGCGCAAGGCGUCAGAAGCCCCGUGAGCGUCUAAAGGAAGAUGCGACUGAUAAGGAGAUCCGGGAAGAUGAGCUAUACCGCAUGAUCGAGACUGACUUCAGGCCGUUUGAUUACACGGUGGCUGCAUACAAGAGCCACGUAAGAAUUACUGAAGGCACCGAGGAAGCCCUUAACCAGAACCAGAACCAGGUCCAGAACCAUAACGAGUCAGCAGAUCAUGGUCCCCAGGCUCUCACGACGGACGAGGCCACACCCAUGCCAGCAUCCAACGGAGGUUAUCAGCAAUCACCCCUCAACCCGAGUCUCAGUAAUGAAAGCCGGCAAGGCCGUCCGGUCCGGCCUGCGCCGCCACCUCCAUACCAGAACGACUUCCGGGCCCGUCACGUUCCUAUCAUUGCCGGUCAACGCGUCACAAGUCCUACGGGAGGUGUUCAGGUAACGCUUGACGGCGGUGGUAGCUGGUCUGAGCUGGCUCGGCAGGAUGCGACGCUGCCUACCGAUGCCAACAAUGUGGCAGACGGCAAGGCUGAGGGCUCUGGUGGUAUGUUUGGAUUCCUCAAGGGCAAGAAGGGCCGCACAAACAGCCCCAAGCCAAAGGAGAGAGGUGUGUUGGGCAAGGAAGGCGCAAGAGUUGUCAUCGGCUAGAGGAUGAUGGAGGCUCGCAAUGGGCCAUUCGCGUACCAGCGACAAAGGAUUAAUGGCCAGUCGACGGACUGCACUCCUGUGCUACGGAGUAGGAGGCUCAAUUAUACGAUGAGUUUACACCCGGCCAGCAGAUACCGAACGGCCUCUGCGGUAUCUCCAUGACGGACGGAAUCGGAAUCGGAUUCGACCGACACGAGUCAGUAUCAUGGAGCUCGGUAGCCAGUUAAUAUUACGCUCGGAACAGACGGGCUCGGAUGGGGCGCGGCGCGGCGACGGCGACGGGAGACAUAGGACGAUGAGAAACGGCCUCUCUACUUCAUUCAUUACGGCGUUCGGUCAUGGUUUACGGCUAGACGCCCUUGCCGCCCCAGGAUAUAGAGGGGCAUUAUCCCAAGGAACGAAUGUUGAUUUGAAACAGACUACCUAUUUGGCACAAGACCGAGGACAUAUCGCAUGUGGAGCUAUCCAUCAUUUGGCGGCAUCUCAUUCACUUUGGCCUGUGGCAUAGGCUACGUGCUGCAGCUACAGCUGCAGCCGCAAAGGCGUUCCUCUCUGUCGGGGGGGCUGGGGUUGUUUUUUUCUCGGGAUAUACUCAUUUUUUACACUUGCCCAUCCCGAUCUACACAUCUGCAAACGUCUAUUGAGGUGGGUCAGAUUAUAUACAGCCGGUUAGGUUUCGGAGUGCGUUGGAAGAGUCAAACGAGGAGAGGCGAGGUGAAGCAUUGGGAGGAGAUGUCAGUAUUGAUGGUUUAACUGUUCGUUAUUGUGAGCAUAUUUGGAAUAAUACCCCAUUUAAACUUUUA